AUGGCUACUUCUCGAAGAUUGCAUUCUACCACGUUCUUGGUAAUUUUCUUGGUAUGGGCGAGCGUAUUGGAAAGUUGGGGACAGCACUGUGGGAAAACAGCAUAUGGAAGUAAGAGAACUGAUUAAUUGAUAAGCUUGCUGUAAGCGAGCGAGAUUCUAAAAAUGCAGGCUUUUCUUUCUUUUCUGUUUUUUUUUUCGUGUGACCGACCCAAAUGGUAGGCUAUAUACUCCGAGACAUUCUUAGGGGAGACCGUGGAGGCUGGGGAUAAGAAUCGUCACGACUUUCAUUGUAUUCAAAUGAGUCUCGUGAUGAGCAUGUUGUUUAUCUUCGGCGAUGACUGAAAUCUAGGCAUUAAGUUGAUCACGUUUGUGUUCGCUGUUUGCCAAUGAUGUAAUGAUGUAAUUUUCCCCAUUUUCACGUUGUAGUCGUACAACGACGGCUAAGAAAUCGCGAUCAACGUUAAAAGUUGUUGUUUAAGCUCUCUAUUGGUGCAAUUACUGAACUCUACGGUUAGAUAGAUUCACUUUGUUGUAUGUAUAUACGCUGUGGCUAUAUACUCGGCAGCCGAGAAGGGUCAUACAAAAAACUAAAUGCCCAGCAGUCAGAGAAUUUUUAGGAAUUUUGGAAAAUCCUUUUUUCUAAUUGUUUGACAGUAGUAUUCUUUCUUAAUUUAAAAUGACCAAGCGAUCAGGUAAACAAAACUGGCUUCGCAGCUGAGCGUUUGUGAUUUGUUGGGCAUAGAGUGGAGUCGACGCUAUUUCGACACUUUCAAAAAAAGCUUUGUAUGACUAGCAGCGCGUGACUCACGGGCACGAUUUCACACAGGCUAGAUACUGGGUAGUCUAAAAGCGGAGCUGGAAAGUUAAAAAGCUUCCUCUUCAGCUCCAGAAUGCAUGCAUACUAGCUUCGAUCAGUUUCCCAAAUAAAACGGAGAGAGAGUGCUUUGAUUUUAAAACUAAGUAUUUCGCAACCUCUGCUCGCCUUCAGCUAGACUCUUGACACAGCUUGAUAUACUGGUGGUGCUGCUGAAUCCUGGGAAAAGGUUCGUCUAAUUAUGGAAAAUUUACGCGAAUUCUCUUCAAAAUAUUCUAUCCUGGUUUAGAAUUGGUGGGUGACGAGAAACAUCCCCCCUUUGAGUGUUACUUCACUGACUGUGAUCUCCCUAAUAACACUUGAUGACUUUCGCGAUCCCCCCACCCAAUGUCUUCAUUUUCCAAGCAAAUUUGAGCGGUUUCUCCUCUGCCCUGAUCCUUCCAAAGUUUUCAGUGAUCUCCCGUUUUGGGGUCUCAAUUACGACCGAUCCCCUCUUUUGUUCUCCUAAAAAUCAAGUAAUCCCCCUACCCCUUCCAAAAAAAAUUCCACCUUUUGGCGUUCGCACCGCUUCCUUGAUUCAUCCUUAUUGAUUUGUUGGCUUGAUCUUGCGGUGUAGGGGUGGGUGGAGAGUACAUAAUAAAAAUAAUUUAAGACAUUGUAUUAUUGAUAAGAAUUGUCCUCUUGAAUAUCUUUUUCUUUUAAAUAUAUGUAAGACGCCCCACAAGUGGACUUCUUUGCCACUGUUCAUGAUGACAGUUCGCUUUCAGAAAAUCCACAACGUUUUUACAACGAUAUUCUUGUGCAAAAGGACUCCAAUGUUGCCUUGACAUGCACUGCAAAGGGGCCGAAAGAGCCAUCUGUGUGGGCAAGCUCCCACUACUUUUAUCCGUAUGAAAUGAACUGGUUUGUCAACUCAACGUAUCUGGAGAUGCCUGACUGCACUUGCAAAAAACCCUACCCGCCGAAUAAAACCUGUAUUCUGAAUUUGGGUAAAGUACAGCCAGAUGACCGUGGGAGAUAUUUCUGCCAGGCAGUUAACCGAGGGGGAUGCACUUAUAAGGAACUGAAUCUUAUUGUCACUGGUGGUUACGGUACUACCACUGGUUCAAGUAAGUAACGAAAUUCAGAGCCAAAUCUUUCAAUCUUUCAAUCUUUCAAUCUUUCUUUAUUUCACACUAUAUAAGACAUUUACACAAGUGUGCGUAAGUAGGGGAACAAUGUAGCUGUAAAUUUAUUAGAACUGACAAUCAUUUGUAUGCAAGUUAAGGGAUGUGACUUCCCUGGUUUCAUUGCAAAAAAUGCUGGUGACCCUGUGGUUUUCAAUGAACAAAAACAAAAACUAAAAAGAACCACAGAGACUACAGAGAACUCAAUAUCGUACUAGGAUGGCCAUGUGAAUGUCACUUGAAUAGGUUAUUUAAAAAGUAGAAGGGAUUGAUGUCCAAAUUUUCACUAUUGAGGUGAGUGACUAAUGUAUACACGCAAAUACAGUGAAACAAACACAUAGCAUGAGUCGAUUAAAAAAACAAACAAUGCUGUCGUUUAAUUGCACUGUAUAUGUAGCCCCCAUACACGGUCCUAAGAUUCAAAUUGUCAAAAGGGGUUAUAACCUGUUACACAUAGUUCCAAAAGUUACAGUGGAAUAAAAGAAUUAAACGGGACGUUACAUGAUGGACUUAGUAUCCGUUACAUAGGGGUUACUAGCCGUACUAACGUAUUGUAAAUUAAUGUUUAGUGUAAUUCGCUAUUCCAAAAUUACCUCAUCUAUCGUUUACAGCGACAGAUGUGAGUUUUACUGUGGCCACUAAGGAAAGUUUUUGUGGUUUGUGACCACCCUAUGACAUAUUUUUUUUUUUCUUUCCAUCAUUUGGUUUAGAACAAACCUCCAAAACACCACAUUACGAGCACCUGGUGCAAGCAAUAUCUGAGUCCCCAGUAACACAUGUGGUCCCACCAACUUCUGUGCAGGACCAAGCAACAAAAGUUUCCUCAGUAACACCCACAGUGCAAAGUGCAGUGCAAGCAUGAUGAUGAUGAUGAUACCUUUAUUAAAGUGUCACAAUAAUAAGUUAAAAAAGAAUAAAUCAAUUAAUUAAUUAAUUAAAAAUGGAAAAAAAGAAUAUAAGAAUUAAGAAAUUAAGAAAAAACUGUGUACAGUAUAAGCAAAUAAGAAAGUCGGGAGAACUAUAUACGAUAUGUGCAAAUGUAUCCAUUAUCUUAUAAAAAAUAAGAAAUAAAAAAUUAAAAAAUGCAAAGAGAGCAGUUAUUGUCAUCCGAUGUUAUACUUGAAGGAGGACAACUUGGAAGCUUUUUUCACACGUUACUAGGAACAGAGCUCCAUACCUUUGAGCCCAUAUACCUGAGCGAGUGCUUUCCAAAGGAGACUGUGUUGAAUCUGGGUAUAGUGAAGUCAUGAUUGCGCAGUAUAUAGUUAAUUGCAGGUUUAAAAAGAGAUUGCUAAUGUAUGUUGGGCACAUGUUUUUAACUUUAUACAUGAGAAUAGCUAUGUCCUGUAGUCGCCAGUUGUGUAGAGUAGAUGGCCCGGCUAUAGAUACUAAUUGACCGUAGGACGAAUGUUUAUCACAAUAUAUAGCCCUAAGUGCUCUCUCCUGGAUACGUUCUAGUCUUCUAGAAUCACUAGCACUGCAAAAAUGCUAUAUAAGAUGACAGUAGGUUAAAUACGGGAGAACAGCUGCCUUAUAUAACUAUAACUUAGUUUGUGUGGCUAUAAGGUUCCUAAGCCCCAUGAGAACGCCUACCCGCUGGGCGCUCUUCUUAGAGAUACUACUUAUAUGUACAUCAAAACGAAGAUCGUUAUCAAUACAGACACCUAAUAGCUUGAGACAUUCAGUGGAUCUGACUUCAUGAUUGUCAAUCAUAAUACUGUCCAUAGACUCCCUUCGGCAACCAAGUGCCAUUGUCUGGUAAUUGUCCAAAUUUCCUUUUAGUAAAUUAGCUCUGUACCAUGAAGAUGCUGACUCAGCGCAAACAGCAAGAUCAUCAUGCACAUCAGAGAGGGUACUGCUAACGGCAUAAAACUGGUGGUCAUCUACAUACAUAUUCAUGUUCGCAACAACAGUAUAAGUCAAAUCGUUUUGGAAAAUGUUCCAGAUAAGAGGUCCAAAUGCAGAACCCUGUGGGCAUCCCCUGGUCACCCUCUGCCACUUACUCACUACAGAUCCUAACUUCACCCUGUUAUAACGGUCUGUGAAAUAGGAGCCCAUCAAUCGCAGACUUCCUUCCUCAACACCAUAAGCUUUAAUUUUUGCAAGUGUAAGUGGAUGGUAAAGUGAAUCGAAGGCUUUGCUCAUGUCCGUGGAGAGAACUCCCACAACGUUUGUCGCACAGUUUGAUAUUAAAACCAUAACUGAGUUGCUUGCUGAGUAAUUGUUCAAAGAGUCUGUUUACAGUAACUUGUACAGUCUGGGUCUGUAGUUUCCCUUUUCAUGGGGAUCUUCCUUCUUAAAAACGGGUGUCCGUUCACCGCUUUUCCAUCCCAAGGGCCACUCUCCGAGGGUUAUACAUGAAUUAAAUAGUGACGUCAAUGGAUUUGUUAGCUCAGUAGCUCCAAGCUUGAGCGCCAUGGGUGGGAUGCCGUCCCAGCCUGUACUCUUCCUUACGUUGGGGUUUUGCAGCGCCUUUUCAACUUCAAAACUCUGAAGAUUCUGAAACUGGAAGCCAUGAUCCUGUCAUCUUCUGCGUAUUAUUCUGGACACUAGGGUGGGUGGCGAGAACUUUGUCAUCAACCGCACUGUUGUCUCCAAUCCCAUCAGCCACAGUAGCAAAAUAUUCAGACAAGUGAUUAGAAACCGCACAUUGAUCUCUACAGAUGGUCCCAUUGAUACUUAGGCUGAGCUCAUUUGUGCUAACCUUGUACUUGUCAGUCAGAAAUGGCAUAAAUGUCUUAUAGAACUCACUCGGCUUGCACUUAAACUUAGUGGCUUGCUCUUUCCAAUAUGUCCUUAUUGCCUUUAUCCGGAAUCGGGUGGCCUCGUUUCUGGCUAUCCGCAUAGCUUCCCAGUUCUCACUGUUUUGUUCCUUGAGAUACUUUCUUGCCGCCCUCCUCUUAGCUCUCAUAGCACCUUUCCAUUCUUUAGUCAUGUAUGGAACAUCCUGAGCCCUAACCCGCAUCUUCGACGUAGGCAUAUGUGUAUUGACAAUACUGGACAGAAGCAUUUCCAUAAAAUUUGCCUUGUCGUUACAUGAAUUGAAAAAUUCACUAACAUGCCAAGGAGCAUACACUAGAUCUUCUUUGUAUCUCUCCACAUCAAAAUCCUUUAGAGAUUUAAAUGUUACAAUCUUGCCUUUCUGGUGUUUUACCGUCUCAUUCAAGAAUCCAUAAAUAAGUCCGUGGUCACUGAGUGCAGGAUCAUGUACCCCACAAUUCUCAAAUAGUUCCGGGUGGUUAGUGAAAAUAACAUCGAUCAAGCUGUUAGUGACAAGAGAGCCUCUCAUUUGUAUUCGAGUGGGUUCGGUUAUCAUACAUUCAAGGCCCUGUUCCACCUCAAGAUCAAGCAGAAGCUUUCCUUCAAGGCUGCUGGGUUCCAUCCUGUUCAGGUUUAGGUCGCCUGUUACUAUAACUGUUGGACAUUGAAUGCUAGCCCAGUUGGCAAUAUGACUUAAUUCCUCCUCAACUAGAAGUCUGUAUUUACCAGUAAGCUUCUUGGGCGGUCUUUACAUAACCAGGAUAAUUCGCAUUUCUCGAUUUGAGGCCAAUCUCCAAGGCCAAAGGCUCAAUAGUUUUAUAACACAUGUCAAAGGUGACUCUCUUGGAGAGUAUCUUAGAUGAGACAAACAAGAGAACAGCACCUCCACCCUUUUUUCGGUCAUUUCGGUGCAAGUGGUAGCCUGGUAUUAGGAACUGGGAGUGUGGGUAUGAACGAUCAAUUUUAGUCUCACUGACACCCAUAUUUUGUACCUUAUUAUUGAUAAUAUCCUUCAGCUCAUCAAAUUUGUUCUGAAUGCUGUUUAUAUUUAGGUGACAUAAUACACCCUUUGCUGUUCAUUACGAGAAAUACGCAAUCAUUUGCGUGAAACGGAGAUAAAUUGCGCGAACAGACAUUCAUUAGCGCGAAAAUACCAACAUUUGCGCAUAAAUCAGAUUCAAUAGCGCUUUUUCCAUUUUAACACUUUUGGGCAUUCAUAUGCGUCAUUCGGCGUACAAAAAGGGAAAAAUAUACUUAUAUUUACGCUAGUAUGCAAGUCAUUAACACCAGGUUGAAAGUCAAUUGCGACAAUAAACAAACAUUAAAGUGAAAAAACCAUUUAUUAACUUUUCUGCCACACUGUUUGCAAUUCAAUAGAAUUCCUGGACAGCCUUAGUGUGGAUAAAACAAACGUUAAAGCACUUGUACAAACAAUUACGCGUUCUUUAAAUUCAAUAAACAAAAAACGAUUGUUGUGCAUAAAGGUCAUCCUAUCAACACCUGAGGAUGUCCGAGUAAGAAUAGUUUCCCCAGUAACACCCUAG